AUGAGAACCACGGCAGCGGGAAAAUCGGACGGGCAGUUAGAAGCAUUCAAACCCCAAACGGAUUGUACUUCUUUUAAUUUAGACUCGUCUUUGAAUUCCCAAAUUCCCAACUUUGCCAACGAGUCAUUUAGUUCCCGGGAAACUUUUCAAACAUCAUGUGCUUUCUCCAAAACUAAGACCCCAGUCAGAUCGCCAUUAUCUACACCCCUAGUCAAAAGGCUCGAGACCUUAGCAGUGUUUUUACAUGGUAGUUCGAUAAUUAUUCUUCCCUUCAUAUAUUUUUACCUAUGGUGUUAUCCCUUCAUGUGGCCUUUUCUGCUUAUUUACACGUUCAAGUUUUAUUUAUUUGACCGUACCCCCUCAAAUGGGAAUGCGCUCAACAGAUAUUCUAAAGCAAUGUCAAAUUGGAGCCUCUAUAAGCACUUUGCCAAUUACUAUCCAGUUCGUCUUCAUAGAAGCAAGGUGUUGUCCCCUACCAAAACUCCUAUAAAAAUUGAGUUAGAGCAGUUUGAUAUUCCACCAUUUCUCGUGUCUAUCACCCCAGAAUUCGUGCUGAGUUUACUGAUCAAAUGGAAACUGAUACAAAAAAGAACCGCAACUGUCGAAAAAGAAAUGAUUACAGGGCCUCGGUACAUUUUUGGUUAUCACCCUCAUGGCGUAAUCGCUAUGGGAGUGCUCGCGGGGUUUGCAACUGAAGGUGCAGGAUUUUCGAAACUGUUUCCAGGCAUUCGUUGUUUUGUAACUACACUUGUAAACCAAUUUCAGCUUCCAUUUUAUCGUGACUACUUGAUGAGCUUGGGAUGUACUGCUGUGACCAAGAAAAACAUUUCGUCUUUGUUGGACCAAGGACACAGUGUGGUUAUUGUUGUCGGUGGUGCGAGUGAAAGUUUGCUUGCAAAACCACAUCUAAAUUCUAUUGUAUUGAAAAGGCGAAAAGGUUUUGUCAAGUUAGCUCUACAGGCAAGUGGAAAAUUUGGUAAUGAUGAUAUAUGUUUGGUGCCAGUGUACGCUUUUGGCGAGAACAACAUUUACAACGUAUACUAUACUAACGAGACAGAAAAAGCCAACAACAAAAAUGAUGGCUAUAUUCGCCAAGUACUCAAAUGGUUCCAACUUCGACUCAAAAAGAAUUUUGGAUUUACUCUUCCUAUAAUAGUUUCUCGUGGACUGCUAAACUAUGACUUUGGUCUUCUUCCCCACAGACGGCCAAUCCAUAUUGUAACUGGAGCUCCCAUUGCAGUUAAAAGGCUCCACGGGAAAAAGUACGGAGAUGCGGUGUCUCCUGAAGAAAUCGAUUAUUACCAUAGCUUAUACGUGCAAGCUCUACAAGAACUUUUUGCAAAUCACAAAGACGAAUACCUUUCAGAGCAUGAUUGCGAUCUGAACAUUGUUGAAUAG